AGCUGCAGCGGCGGCGCGACAGCAGCAGCGACAGCAGCAGUCGUAGCAGACAACGAACGACGACGACGACGACGACGUUAACGUCGUCGUCGUCGCGGCCGCCGACGCCGGCGUUCGCGCGGCGACCAACUCGAUCGCCGCCGUCGCGAGCAGCCGUCGUCGUCCGUCCCCAUCCGUGUCCCGGUCGUCCUAUCUCUCGCUCAACUCCGCCACCGCCACCGCCGUCUACGCGACGACGACGACGACGCCCCGAGAGAGUUGUGAUCGUGCCAGUGGGCCCGUCGUGGUGGGACCGUUAGACGUGGAAGGGAGAAACGGUGAGGGCGAGCCGCCGCGCGUCUCCUUCCCCUGGUGUGUCAUGGGGUGUUUCGGCAGCCAGAGUAGCAAGCAAAGCCAGGAUGAAAGCAAAAAUCAGAAGAGACGAUCCGACGCCAUCACCAGGCAGUUGCAAAAGGACAAACAGGUCUACCGGGCCACCCACAGGCUACUCCUGCUCGGAGCGGGAGAGUCUGGCAAGAGCACGAUCGUCAAACAGAUGAGGAUACUGCACGUCAAUGGUUUCAGCGAAGCGGAAAAGCGGCAAAAGAUCGAAGAUAUUAAGAAGAAUAUUAGGGACGCCAUUUUGACGAUAACCACUGCGAUGAGUACGUUAACACCGCCCGUUACGCUGGGGGACCCGUCGAACCAGAGCAGAAUGGAGUAUGUCCUAGAAGUCUCGUCUUCCCCAGACUUCGAUUAUCCUUCGGAAUUCUACGAAAUCGUCGAAACACUUUGGAAGGAUCGAGGCGUUCAGCAGAGCUUCGAGAGGAGUAAUGAGUAUCAACUCAUCGAUUGCGCCAAAUAUUUUCUAGAUAAAGUAGCCAUCGUAAAACAGCCGGAUUAUACGCCCACGGAACAGGAUAUCCUCAGGUGUCGAGUCCUCACGUCCGGCAUUUUUGAGACGCGGUUUCAGGUCGACAAAGUAAACUUUCAUAUGUUCGACGUCGGUGGCCAGCGCGAUGAAAGAAGAAAAUGGAUACAGUGUUUCAACGACGUUACGGCAAUUAUAUUCGUCACAGCGUGUAGUAGUUACAAUAUGGUACUCAGAGAAGACCCUACGAAAUUGAGACUCAGAGAGAGUCUCGAUCUCUUCAAAAGUAUCUGGAACAAUCGGUGGCUCCGCACGAUCUCGGUGAUCCUGUUUCUAAACAAGCAAGAUCUAUUAGCGGAAAAGAUCAAGGCGGGCAAGCACAAAUUGGAGGAUUACUUCCCGGAAUUCGCGCGCUAUCAGACGCCGGUCGAGCCCGGAAUGGCGGCGGAUCCCUCGGAAAUACCUGACGUCAUAAGGGCCAAGUACUUUAUCAGAGACGAGUUUCUCCGCAUAAGUACGGCGAGCGGCGAUGGCAAACACUACUGUUACCCGCAUUUCACGUGCGCCGUCGACACGGAGAACAUCAAGAGAGUGUUCAACGAUUGUCGAGACAUCAUCCAGCGGAUGCACCUGCGCCAGUACGAGCUCUUGUGACUUCGUUUCUGCGGACGUUUCCUGUCAUCAUUCGUCAAACCGACGCUCGUCACGCUCAUGCUGCACCUCGAGUUGCUGCAGCCACUGUGAAUCGAACGAACGAGCUGUGCCGUGAACGAAUCGUAGCCGCGCCAGGACUCUCUUCUCUAGAGUUCCACGUACCAUGCCUGGGCGUAUUCAGGUAACGCGUAGGGCUUCCUCGCCGGUGUCCAGAACCGGAAAGCUGUAGCCCCCCUCCCGAAGAACCGAAGCGCGUCCGCCGCGCGUCCAUCCGAGAGCGCGUCAGCGGAGGAUCCCCGAAGAGUUGACUCUGCGCGUGAAUCGAUCGCGCUUCUUCUCGUCUCGUCGAACGGAUACAUCAUCAUCCCGUCGCGAGCAACUCACCGCUGCGUGAAAUCUGUGUCUGUUCCUUCUCGCGGCGAAAUAAAUUGGCGCCGAACCGAGCGAGCGAGGCAUACGACGCGAGAUGACCAUCGCGCGUCAACGCGACGGCCCCGCACCGUGUCCUAGUAGUUCGUGAGUCACAGCUGGACGCAAACGAACGAGCGGGCGUAUUCUCGAUCACUCGACUCUCCUUUGUUGAGUUUGAUGAAAGAGUGUGCUGAACGCUCAGUCAUCGUCGCAGCCGCCGCCGCCGCCGCCGCUGCCACCGCUGCCACCGCCGCCGCCAGACGACGAACGACUCUCUCGCGCCGUAUUAUUACCUCGUUAAUUUUAUUCCUCUCGCACGUGGAUUCCGUCGAACGUGGCGGAACGCGCGAAUCCUGUCGUAAGCGUGGGCCAACGUCGUCGUCGGAUGUGAUUCGAGAGACGAUUCUCCUCGUUCAACGCACUCUUGACUCGCGAAUUAUCGUUCAGAUUAGAGUUAAGGAUGUUUCCUAAGACUUAGGCGAACCUCUCCGGUAAAAGAAGAUGAAAAAAGAAACGACUCUUUUAUCGUUUUUGACUUUCCUCCUUUGAUCGUUUCCGAAUCUCCGCUAUACUUUUGCCUCUCGCUCCCCUACUUCCCUAUUCUCCCUCUACAUCUCGCUUAGAAUCUCCGCGUCUCCGCGUCUCCGCGUCUCUCGUUUCCUACGUUUUCUUUCGUUGAGCUUUCGACUUCCGAAUCUCAAUUCUUUUUUUUAUUGUUACAUUGGCCCGCGACCUAUAGGAGUCUCAGCCGCGCCCUUUUUACGAGAAGAGUAUUUUGUGAGAUUUUACAGUAUUUCGAAGAGCGUUUUAAUUAUAUAACUAUGUAUCGAGUAUAUGUACAGGGUGACCGUCCACGGAUUCUCAUCGUUUUAACGUACGUUUCUUACGAUCGAGGUCUCUCACGGAUAUGGAUUUCCCUUUUUUUCACCGAUAUAUAUAUAUAUAUAUAUAUAUAUAUAUAUAUAUAUAUAUAUAUAUAUAUGUAUAUGUAUAUGUAUACCGUAAAUCGAGCUACUUUUUUAAUUUCUCUGUACUUAGGCAUGCGCGCUACCCCGCAGUAGCAAUCGCGUCUCUGUAUGUCCUCUCUAGCCCACGUAAGAAAUGUGCCACGUUCAAGUUCUCCGUUAUCACGCACGCAAGUAUAAUUUCACGAUACGUUGCACGCGCACACAGUGGCGUUCCGAGACACUUUCGUGUAAGAGUAAUCGUUUUCCUUUCGCUCCUGGAAUUCGCAUCUCGUGCUUUCAGAGAAAUCGUCGCGUUCCCCGGAUGAUACGUGAUAACGUGUACAACUUUUUACUGAUUCGACAAUUAAUCACGGUUGAUAAUUUUUACGAUCUCGAGACAAGAUUAGAGUCGACGUGCAAAAAGAUCCUGUCGCUCGCACGUCGCUACAAAUUACAUCCCACUUUCCUCGUCGUCGCUACUUGAACGCCCGACGUUGUGCCCGGCGGUGAGCCAUCCGCCAACUUUCCUUCGAUUUUCAUUAUAAUAACUUUAAUCGAAAAAUAACGAAAUGCUUGCGCGCUAAUGACGUAUAUACAUAGAUCAAGCCACGCAAUUUAAAGACAGCUAAUUAGCAGCUAAUUUCAGUCGUUUUCCUAUUGAAAUAUAAAAAUCAAAUAUUUUUUCGCUACACUAUUUAACGAUAAAUAAUCAAUAAAUUUACAGUUGUAUAUAAUAAUUUUAUAAAAUGCAGAAGCUAUAUAUAUACAUAUAUUUUUGGUGAGAGAUAUGUACUAAGUCUGAAAAUUUGGCAUUAAUAGAAGAUUGGCCACGAUCGUAUUAAUGAGGAUAAAUAACAUAACGCAUAAAUAAAUAGUAUUAACAAAUAAUGUGAUCUCGCUAAUAAUAGCAGUAUACUAGAAGGAAAAAGAAAAUUUCGAAGAACGAAUCCUCGCGCAUUUACAUUGUCAAUUAUCAAUUUCAUUCUUGCUUGAUGUAUACAUGUUCGAUUUAUUCUUCCUAAAUGUGUGUGCCUCCAAAAAUCUAUUGCACACUACGUCAGUGCUUUUUCUGAAAAUUUUUGCAGCUUUUUUAGUUACGAAAGGCGUAACACAUUGAUUAUUUAUUACUUGCUGCGAAUUUUCAUCAUUAUUUUGAAUUUGUGACAUUUUUUUCUUUUUAUCAAGUAAAAUUGACGCUCGCAGUGAGCUUUGCUUUGCCGGUACAACCUUCUUCUUUGUACAACUAUCUUUUCAUUAGUUGAUUGUGCAUUAAAUAACUUAUUUCUCUCAGUUGCCUUGUUACUAGAGACUUCCCAUCCCAUGCCAUACGAGUAAUAUGAAGUAUAUAAAUUAAAUAAUAAGAAUUAAAAAAUCAGAUUUAAAAGGAAAAAAUGAUCAAACGUAUUAGUCUAUCAAAUAAAAAUACAUGCGGUGUCAUAUUGCGUCAGUCUUUCCAUGGGCCCGAAGCAUCUCACUUUGCUCAGAUCUCUUUUUGAAAAUAAAUGAUAAAUUUGUUUACAUAAAUUGUUCACAUACAACUCGACAGAAUUUAUAUAGUUUUCGCGAACGCGCGGAAAUCUAAUAAGUCUACCGAGUUCUUUAUUUAUUAUGAGGUACUCACAUGGCAAGUAAUUAUGAUUUCCUUUUUUAUAAAAAUAUUUGUCGUUGAGCACCAAGCAGGCUUUACAUUCUAUUUUCUUCCUAGAAAUACACCUGCAAAUAUUAUUUUGAUAAUCUUUUAAAUAAGAAAAAUUGUUGUCAUCCACGUAUUUUAAUGAUUCUAGGCCUCACCCUCUUUGAAUCUGUAAUAAAAAUUAAAAAAUUAAAAACGAAAUAACUAAAAUAAGUAAAUCAAAAAGAACCUAUUAGUAAAUUAUAAUGUGGAGUUUUUCGUACUUUCAGUUUACUCAAACUCGACCGUUCAAUAUCGAGUAAAUCUGUUUGUUUUAUUUUCAUAUUUUUUUAUCUUUAUAUCGUCCGUUGCCGUUUGUGCUAUUCUUCUUAUAUCAACCGUUGCUUUUUAAUCUGUAACAUGAUAAUGAACGUGAGUUUGUAAUUAUUAAUUCGUACGUGUUUAUAUGAAAAAAACUGAAAACGUUUUUUUCUCAUACAAAUUGUGCGGGGGUCCUUUUGUAAGAUUUCUUACCAAUUAUGUUUUGGCGAAUCUCUGUGGCACUUGAUGUGCCAGGUCGCAGCUCAAAAGUUUUAUUCCUAUUUUUAGUAAUAUUUGUAGUAGGAAUUUUUUGGACAUCAUCCAUGUUCUUAUAAGAUUCAACUUUUCUCGACACAGUCGCAGCUAACCUAGCUAGACUGCGAGUAUUUUUUUUAAAUAUAUUUCUUCUCUUCCUUUAAAUAAAGUUACUUCAGGGAAUCCAGUUGGCGGUAUUUAAAUUUAUAAUUGGGUGGCGCAAAUGAUUUCCGUCUGUUUACAUCCGAUUUGACUUGAUCGUUUGAUGUUUGUUCUACUGUUUGAUGAAUUAAAUUACAAAUGUUCUCUGGAAUGUCGCGUUGAGAUUGAAUUUUCAUUCAUUCAUCACAAAGAUUCUGAAGUCUGUUUUUUUUUUUUUUUUUUCAUCCGACACACGUUUGAAAUAUUCGACGCUAUAUUUCUUCUCUUCUACUGGCACGGCAGAAUUCUCUGUUACAGCUCCAUUUGUUACGACCUUGUCUGACGUGCCUGAAGCCUCGGAAAGUUUUUGCGAGAAAUCAGAUUUUUUGGUAAUAAUCUCCGUUGAUUUAUCGUGUUCGAAAAUAUUUAUUUUUAAGGGGGGCUCCUUACAACAAAGUAUCCUUUAAAUAAAGAUACUUUAGGAAAUCUAGUUGACGGUUCAAAUUUAUAAUUAGGUGGCGCAAAUGAUUUCCGUCUAUUUACGUCCGAUUUGAUUUGAUAAAAAAAAAAUCGGGAAUCCUUGGUCUAUGUGCGUAUAUCAUUGGGUGCUCGCGUAUUAAAUUGUUUCGAAGAUUUAUGCGUGUGCAUAUAUGAUAUAAUGUCACCGGUACGUUCUCCAUAUGUACAUACGCACCGUCGUACGUUUCAUCGUCUCUCAUAAGAUUCCGUAUGAUUGAAACAGAAAACAUUUCCGUAAAAUUGCGCACAGCACGCUCGCCAACAUAUGUAUACUUCACACGCAUUGUUCGAUUGAUCUUUUAGCUGUAUACGUUAACACAAGGAUCUGCGAGAAUUGAGACGUUCACAGUAAAAAAAAUUUUAAUUCAAACCAAUUGGAGUUUCUGUCGCGAUUAAACCAUGCCGUAGCUAUUUCACAGCGACUAACAUGGUUACGACAAAUCUCGACGAUUCACGAACAGUUUGGAAUUGCGAUGCAUCUCUGCCUCAUUUUCGAUGAUCGGAAGAAAUCUUUUUUUUUUAUAUUGUGAAUAAAAGAUUGAUGCCGAUUCGUCGAUUGUAAACGGGAAUUAAAUCGAAGCGAGUAAAAUUAAAAAGUUAAGAAAUAUGAAAUAAACGAGAUUCCGAGGGUUUUGUGCAACACGCUGUAA